UUAUUGAGACAAGACUUUGAGAAUGAAGACAAGAGUAGCAUUUCCCAUUCUUGUAUCCAUGAUCAGAUAAUUGAACAAAGGAAAAGACCUGGUUUGCAAGUGUAUUCUGUCACUCCUCAGGUGUAUGAGGAGUCUGUGGCUUCAAAUCCCCCUCACCGUAGAGGUAGGGCAUUACUUGAAAUUUCCAAAGAACAAAAUGAUGUCAUGCAACCGAUCAGAAUCUUUUUGAAUUAUGAUGCUGUCGGUCAUUCAUCCGAGAGAGAUUGUCAAAAAGUUGGCGACGUUGUGAAGCUUGGGGAGCCAUCAGGUGCUUCUUUUUCUGGUACAUCUUCCUGUAAUCCACAUGGAGAUCCUCCAGUUUAUGGUGAUUGCUGGUAUAACUGUACCUUAGAUGAUAUAGCUGGGGAGGACAAAAGGCAUCGCCUUCGCAAGGCCCUCGAGCAGACAGCGGAUUGGUUUAAAAGAGCGUUAUCUGUUGAGCCAGUUAAGGGAAACCUACGGUUAAGUGGAUAUUCUGCUUGUGGACAAGAUGGAGGUGUACAACUCCCAAGAAAAUAUGUUGAAGAGGGUGUUGCACAUGCGGAUUUGGUUCUUCUUGUGACUACAAGGCCAACAACAGGCAACACUCUUGCAUGGGCUGUAGCUUGUGAGCGUGAUCAAUGGGGUCGUGCUGUUGCUGGGCAUGUGAAUGUAGCUCCUCGACAUUUAACUGCUGAAGCAGAAACCUUACUUCAAGCUACUUUGAUACAUGAAGUAAUGCACGUUCUUGGAUUUGAUCCUCAUGCCUUUGCUCAUUUUCGUGAUGAGAGAAAACGCAGGCGAAGUCAGGUUACUGAACUGGUAAUGGAUGAAAAACUUGGAAGAAUGGUUACUCGAGUAGUGCUUCCUCGAGUUAUCAUGCAUGCUCGCCAUCACUAUGGGGCAUUCUCUGAGAAUUUCACUGGACUUGAGCUAGAAGAUGGAGGCGGACGUGGUACAUCAGGUUCUCAUUGGGAGAAAAGGCUAUUGAUGAAUGAGAUCAUGACUGGGUCGGUAGAUACAAGAUCAGUGGUUUCAAAAAUGACUCUUGCUUUACUUGAGGACAGUGGAUGGUACCGGGCCAAUUAUAGCAUGGCUGACCGUCUUGAUUGGGGACGCAACCAAGGACCAGAUUUCGUUACCUUUCCCUGCAAUCACUGGAAGGGUGCCUAUCAUUGUAACACUACCCAGUUAUCUGGAUGUACAUUUAACAGGGAGGCAGAAGGUUAUUGUCCAAUUAUGAAUUAUAGUGGGGAUCUCCCUCAAUGGGCUCGUUAUUUUCCACAGGCUAACAAAGGUGGUCAGUCAUCAUUGGCAGAUUAUUGCACUUAUUUUGUUGCUUACUCUGAUGGAUCGUGUACGGACACGAAUGGUGCUCGUGCACCUGAUAGGAUGUUAGGUGAAGUGAGGGGAAGUAGUUCAAGGUGCAUGUCUUCUUCUUUAGUGCGUUCUGGAUUUGUACGUGGCUCAAUGGCCCAAGGCAAUGGUUGUUAUCAGCAUAGGUGCUCAAACAAUUCGUUAGAGGUAGCAGUAGAUGGCAUUUGGAGAGUUUGUCCAAAAGCUGGUGGACCUAUCCAGUUUCCUGGCUUUAAUGGUGAGCUCGUCUGCCCAGCUUACCAUGAACUAUGUGAUGUGAAUCCAGUUUCGUUGUCUAGUCAAUGUCCCAAUUCAUGCAAUUUCAACGGAGAUUGCUUAGGUGGAAAAUGUCGAUGCUUUAUUGGGUUUAGUGGUCAUGAUUGUAGCAAACGCUCCUGUCCUGGCAAUUGUGGUGGACGUGGAAAGUGUCUUGGGAAUGGUGUUUGUGAAUGUGAUAACGGGUAUACUGGCGUUGAUUGUUCCACAGCUGUUUGCGAUGAGCAGUGCAGCCUUCACGGUGGGGUCUGUGACAAUGGAGUCUGUGAGUUCCGUUGUUCUGACUAUGCUGGUUACACGUGCCAGAAUAGCUCCACGCUUCUUCCUAGUCUCUCUGUUUGCAAAGAUGUGCUUCAAAAUGAUGUAUCAGGACAACACUGUGCACCUAGUGAGUUAAGUAUCUUGCAGCAGCUGGAAGAAGUAGUGGUGAUGCCCAACUACAACCGAUUAUUCCCAGCUGGUCCUCGAAAGAUUUUGAACAUUUUUAGGGGUCGGGAUUGUGAUGGAGCUGCUAAACGACUAGCCUGCUGGAUCUCAAUCCAAAAAUGUGACAAGGAUGGGGACAACCGGCUACGAGUGUGUCAUUCAGCUUGCCAAUCAUAUAACGUGGCAUGUGGAGCAUCACUUGAUUGCUCGGACCAAACACUAUUUAGUAAUGAACACGAGGGUCAAGGUCUUUGCACAGGUUGGGGCGAAUUGGACGCUUGGUUUUAGAGGAGCCAACUAUAGAAAAUGAAUUUGGUGUACAUUGUAGGUAGUUUUAGGUCCUUUUUCUUUUUCAUUGGCCUACUUGUAAUGUGUUGUAAGCUUUUUUCUCUUUGGGGUAGGAGGAAAAUGUGUGCGCGAAGCGCUCAUAAUUUAGUUUUUUUUUUCUCCCAUCCCAAAUGUUCAUUUGGUAAAAGAUUUGGGAUGGGAAAUUAAUUUGAGAUUUUGGCUUUCAAAGAUGAAAGUCUUGAUGUAGAGGAAAUGUAAUCAAAGAAAAAAAGGAUAAGAGAAAGAAUUGGCCCAAGGCCUUGAAGCCAUUAAUUGUAUUUUGUGUUUUACUUUU